AUGGAAAUGGUUCUCAUGGAUGAUAAAGGUGACAAAAUCCAAGCUUCUGUUAGAAAAGCCUUGUUGCCUCGAUUUGAAAAUAAAAUUAAGGAGGGAUCUUCGUAUAAUUUCAAGUCAUUUUGUGUCGUUGCUAAUACUGGAGCGUUUAGGACUACGAAACACCAAUUUAAAUUGAAUUUGCAGAAUGGCACGAUUAUCACAUAUGUUGGAACUGGAAUGAUAACAUUAUCGCCUUAUUCGUUUGUAUAUUUUAUAGAUAUUCUUGGAAACAUAGACAUGGACUACUUGAUUGAUGUUAUUGGUAUUUUGUCUUCUGUUGGUCGUAAAAGGGUGUAUAAAAGGAAUCGUGUAGCUACUAAAUUUAAAGUUAUUGAGUUGGAAUCCAAUGGGUGA